CGAGAGCGGCCCCGCCGAGCCCCGCCAGCCCAGCCCGGGCACCCGCGCCCCCCGCCCCGCGGCCGGCCCGGCCCCCGCGCCCCCCGCCCGGCCAUGGAGCACCGCAGCGAGCCCCGCAUCCCUCUGUGAGCCCCGCCGGGCCCCCCCGGCGCCCCGCGCAGGGCAAGGGCAGCGGGCGGGGGCUGCCGAAGAGCCCGGAGCCACGGGAACCGCCGCAGCCCGCGGAGGGCUCUGCCUCGCCGCUCUUUAUUUGUUUUGCUUCCCUUUUUUUCUUUCUUCUUCCCUUUUUUUUUUUUUUUUUAAUUUUUUUUUUAAAUAGCAUUUUUUUCCCCCUCCCCUCCCCUUCUCACUGUGCUGCCCCGCGGAUGUGCGGAGCUCCCCCCCCGGAGCCCUCCCGCCCUCCCGCCGCCUCUUUGUCCUCCCGCACCCACCUACAUUUUUUUACAUUUUAAUAUUUUUAUUUUUUUAUUUUUUUUUUUGCAACCAGACCUGAGCAUCACCGCGGGGCGGGGAGGGUUGGGGCGGGGGGGAGACCCCGCGGGGCUGCUGCCAAGACCGACCCCUUUGCCCAUCGCUCCUAAGGAACUCUCAUGGCUUCACGGCUGCAGACAAGUUGCCGUGCAUCGUGGUGGACUAUCGGAGUUUGCAUCCUGGCGGCCGCGCUCCUACCAGGGCUGCAGGCUCAGACCGUGCUGGUCAAUGACACCGUGUCGGGGUUCAUCGGCACAGACGUGGUCCUGCACUGCAGCUUCACCAACCCCCUCCCCAAUGUGAAGAUCACGCAGGUGACGUGGCAGAAGGCCACCAACGGCACCAAGCAGAAUGUGGCCAUCUACAACCCUGCCAUGGGGGUGUCCAUCCUGUCCCCCUACAAGGAGAGGGUGACCUUCCGGAACCCUUCCUUCAAGGAUGGCACCAUCCAGCUCUCCCGGCUGGAGCUGGAGGAUGAGGGGGUUUACAUCUGUGAGUUUGCAACGUUCCCCACCGGCAACCGGGAAGGGCAGCUGAACCUCACUGUGCUGGCCAAGCCCACGAACUGGAUGGAGGGCACCAAGAGGCCGCUCAUUGCGAAGUCUGGCAGGACAGAGAAGAUCCUGGUGGCCACCUGCACCUCCUCCAACGGGAAGCCCCCCAGCACUGUCACCUGGGACACCAAGCUGAAGGGGGAGGCGGAAUUCCAGGAGAUCAGGAACAGCAACGGCACCUUCACGGUGAUCAGCCGGUACCGGCUGGUGCCGAGCCGGGAGGCCCAUCGGCAGCAGCUCAUGUGCGUGGUCAACUACCAGCUGGACAGGUUCACUGACAGCAUCACCCUCAACGUGCAGUACGAGCCAGAAGUCACCAUCGAGGGCUUCGAUGGCAACUGGUUCCUCAACCGCAAGGAUGUGAAGCUGAUAUGCAAAUCUGAUGCCAACCCCCCAGCUCACACCUACGAAUGGAAGCUGCCAAACGGGACUCUGCCAGGGAGUGUGGAAAUCCAGAACAACACCAUCUACUUCAAAGGGCCCGUGUCCUACAGCGUGGCCGGCACCUACGUCUGCGAGGCCACCAACGCCAUCGGCACGCGGUCGGGCCUGGUGGAGGUCAAUGUCACAGAAUUCCCCUACACCCCGUCUCCAAUCGAUGAUCACAAAUCCAUGGUGCAGCCGAACAUCCCCACACCGGUGAUUGGGGGCAUAGUGGGCGGCGUCUCGCUGGUCCUGCUGGUGGCCGUGGUGCUCUUUGUGGUACUCCGGCGCCGGCGUCACACCUUCAAGGGUGACUACAGCACAAAGAAGCACGUGUACGGCAACGGCUACAGCAAGGCCGGCAUCCCGCAGCACCACCCCCCCAUGGCCCAGAACCUGCAGUACCCCGACGACUCGGACGACGAGAAGAAGCCGGGCCCGUUGGGCGGCAGCACCUACGAGGACGAGGACGAGGAGGCGGGCGGCGAGCGCAAGCUGGGCGGCCCCAAGGUGUACGAGGAGGACGCCAAGAGGCCUUACUUCACCGUAGACGAGGGGGAGGCCCACCCUGAGCCCUACGACGAAAGGACACUCGGCUUCCAGUACGACCCCGAGCAGCUCGACAUGGCCGAGAACAUGGUGUCGCAGAACGACGGGUCUUUUAUUUCCAAAAAGGAGUGGUACGUGUAGCCUGGCACGGCACUGCUACACCAACACACACACCACACACACCACAACACACACACACACACACACGAGUGAUGCCCUCCUGCUCCCCUGCACCCCUCGGAGCUUGCACACCCGCGCUCCCCCCUGCACACGAACACACACACGCUCGCCCCCCCGGCCAGCCCCAGCACAGACUUUUGGACACUUCCAGCACUGGCAAGGAAGGGCUGGGGCAGGGAGAGGAGGGGCAGCUUUGCUUACAGAUCGGUUUUUUUUUUUUGGGGGGGGGGGGAAGGCAUUAAAGGGAGGCGGGAGGUCGGGUAAUUAUUUUCUCUCUCUCUCUCGGUUUUUCGGUUUUUUGUUUUUUCGUUUUUGUUUUUGUUUUUUUUUUCUGCUUUUUAAUCUCUCGACAACUUUUCGUCCCCUUCUGUGGUGUUUGUAUUGGUCGGUGGCUUAGGUGUUACUCUUUGCUUUAACGACUGUUGCCCAGCCUGUAUAUUACACUCUGUUUUGUGUCUUCAUGUCUCAGAGUGCCCUUCGGCCCCACUCCCCUCCCCGAGGGUUCCUCCUCCCGCUCCCACACCCCUGAAACACUGGAAUUUGUUUGUAUGUUGUCUUGUUUGUUUGUUUUUAACCUUGGGAGGCGGGGGCUGUCCGUAGGACAGAGGCCAGGAAACUUUAUGGCAAUGGAAACAUAGGUGCCAUUUUAUCAGGUGAAUGGAUUUGGUUUUUCCCCCUAAUCACUUGGGUUUUUUUCUUCAGUGGGGUCUGGGUGACAUUGCCAUUGCCUGCUGCACACCUGGAGAGAUCCACACCCAGUUUUUAAUGACUCAAUAAAAGGAAAAUGAGGAGAAAGGGGGGAAAAAAAAGCCCUAGACCAAACCCCAGGUGCAUGGGCUGAUAGCAGAGCAGGGAAACAAAACUGCCAUUUUCCCUCCACAAUUUAUUAUUUCCUGGCUUUUCAUUUUCUGUCUUUGUCUGAGUGUUCUUUUAAAAGAAAGGAGAGGAGUAUUUAUUGCUGACAUUUUUCCCCCUGUGAUGGCUCAGAGAAAUGCUGGCUCUUUUUGUUCUUGUUGCUGUUGUUGUUGUCAGUACCAGCCACAGAGCAGUUCACUGGGGGCACAAGUCGGGCACACACCGACUGGGGAAGGGACCAACCGAGAACACUUUGCUUCCACACACUCACUGCCUUCAGCUCUGCACACCCUGGCAGGGCAGGAUCAGCCCCUGGCUUUGGUUAUACCACUAAGACUUAAUUGUCAUGUGUUUACACUUUUUUUUAUUAUUAUUAUUCUGGUCAGAGCAUGGGGGUGCUUCUUCUUUCUCUCUCCCUCUCUCCCCCUCUCUCUCUCUCUCUCUCUCUCUCCUAGCAACAACCUCAGCCUUGGCUGUACCACAUAGUUGGCAUUGAUUGCCACUUCUUCAAUAUCACAUCCCUCUUCUAAGCACAGGCUUGGUAGACAGGGUAGGAGUGAUUGAGCCUGGGGUAUUGAUCUCGUCCUCCUUCCCUUGAGCCACUGUGUUGUGAUGGGGAGGUUUGGAUUGCUGCUAUCUCUGCUCUGUGGAUAAAUGGGAUUCCAGACUUCAGGGCCCUCUGUCUCACACCGACCGUCUCCAAAAUUAGAUUCACUGGGUUGGGGCUUAUUUUUCUUCUUGUGGGUUAAUUUUAUUUUUUUUUUUUUAAUUUGAUGUUUAAAUAAAUCUUUUGUUUGAAAAGAAAUCCCCAGUUUUCUGAGCUGUAUUAUCAUGCACAUCUAAAAAUAGCAGGACUAAUUCUCCUCCUGCCUUACCCGCUGGGUUUUGUUCCAUAGCAUCCAGUGGUUUAUCCUGCUACAAAAGGGAGGGUGGAGAGGCAGACCCACACAGAUGAGUCAAGGUCAGAUCUCUGAUCCAGGCAGCUUCCAGUGCUCCCCUUCACCAUGUGGUGCUUGGUCCAGGCCACAUGAAGCUCAGCCUGAGCCAUCCACAGUUUGUCCCUUGCCCUGAUUGCGUUAGUGGGGAAGGGGAGUGGGAAAUCCAAUUGUUGGGCUGCAAUCUUCCUGCUGUUCCUGCCAGCCCCUCAGGCUUCCUGGCUUCUGGCAGAACAGCCACAUGCCACAGGAAGGCUGCUUUAUGUCCUCUGGAAGGCAGGGCAGACAGAGAUUCCCUUGAGGUCUCUCAGGCUGAAGCUUAAAAAAAUGAGGCUGAAACCUUCCUGGGUCUGUCCACUGCCCCCAGGAGCACCCUGCUAGCAAGAAACCCCCCAAUAAAGGACAUAAAAUCUCUUAAUAUAUCUCUGAUGACUAGUAGGGGCUGGUGGUUAGGAGUGGGAAUGGCUUCCCUCCAGUGCCUUGGGAUAGCAGCAUGUACAGGGCUUUAAUUCCCCCAAGGAAUCUGUAAUCGGGAGCAGGGCAGGGCAGCACAGCUGAGGGUUGUACCCCAGCCACAGCUCACCCCAGAGCAACACGGGGUGUGCUGCAGAGCCUGGAAUUCCCAGCAAAGUCCUUCUCUCAAGUGAAUAAUCCUUUAGGUCUGAAUUUCACAACCAGGCUCUGAACAGGAUUGUGACAGUGUCCCCAGCACCAAACUCUGGGUGGUCCAUCACCAGAGUGCAGUCAGUGGCACAGACCCUCCUCUGCAGGUUUCCCCCAGCACAGACACCCUCUGUGAGGGGAUGGGUUUGGAAGAAAACAACCUUUUAUGAAAUCUGCAGAGUCCAGCAGCGAUUCUUCAUGUUCUUCGUUAGUCACAGGCAGGGGCCACUGCUCUGAGCUGGCAAAUUCCCAUUGCACUGACCCCCCCAGGGAAGCUGUGCCCUAAAGAGCAAAGGCACAAAGCCUGGCAGACAGAGCAGAAGGGCCUGGGAGAGAACAGGACAGUGGGGAUGUUCCCAAGUUAAGGUCUGGCUUUCAGGAGUCAUGAACAGGGAGUCCUGAGCAAUCUGCUUUGGGGAGUUAUUCCUUUGCAUUUGGAGGUGUCAUUUUUUGAGAUGGUUUAUUUGCUGCCUAUUCACACACUGUCCACAUGGUUCACUGAAUGGGGCUCCAAAAACCCGGGGAAAGGAAAGGAGACAGUGGAGCAAUGUGGGAUUUCCAAGCUCGUUCCCUUCCUGCUGCAGCACAUUUUUUUCCUCCCCAGUAGUGCACCAGCACAAAUGUAGGACUUAGCUCAGCCACUUACCUCAUCACAGUGGUUCAGAAAAGGGAUCAAAUGAUUGUUUUUCAUCCAGAACCUGAACAAGCCUGGAGUGGAAGAUCCUUAGGCAGCGUUGCCUGGCCCAGCAGUGAGGUGCCCUGCAAGUUCAGGGUUCAGGAGUGCAUUCCUCUCAUCCUUGGGCCCUCCAGCAUUGCUCCCUUGGUGCAGUUAUCCCUGCAGCCAUGGAGAAAUGCCACCUCUGUGCUGUGAUUUGCUUCCUGCUGUCCCCUGCAAGGUCAGCUAAAUGGCCAAGAGGCUCUUGGGGUGGCAAUUAGCCAAGUGAUUAGCCAUUAAUCCAUAAAAAAAGGCAGAAGGAAAAAGAAGUGUGGGGGUGGAAAAUCAGAUUGCUGUUCCAUCUGAGAUCUGUUUUGGUGCUGUAAUAGCAUCACUGUCUUCUCUGGGUUAAAUUGCUCUGAGGGAGCCCUUGAAGGUAAUUAGAUCAGGUUUUCCAGGAAGAAGGUGGUACCUGUCUCUACCUGAGUGCGAGGGGGAGCUCAGGAGAGCUGCCAGAUUGAACAACACGUGCUUCCAGGGGGGUUCUGCAGGGCAGGGAAGGUGCUGGAGACCCUGCAGUGCUCACCUUGCAGGCACAACCUGCCUGCUGGCCCCGGGGGUCUCCUGGGCUGUGAGGGGGUCAGAGGGGCAGUCUGUUCUUUCCUCACUUGUCCCUUUGUGCCCCAGUUUCUGGCAGUGGGCAGAUUGUGUCAGGCUGGAGUUUCACAGCUCCCAGGCUGGGGGACCCCUCUGGGACCCUCAGGCUGCCUCAGGUGAAAAAUCCCCAGCUUCUCCACCCCCCUUUCAUCAGAGGUGCUAAGGAGGCAUAAAAGGUCCCCACAGGACCUGGGAAAAGAGCAAGUUGAAGCUUCCAGUUGGGAGAGGGAAGCUGUCCCUGUGCUCUCAGUGCCCAGCCUGUGCUGGCUGCCUCUCCUCCCCGGUGCUAGGGAGCUGCUGCUCUCCAGGAACUGUCCCAUUUCACACCAGUCCUGAACUGGUGUGUCCCAUUAGUGGUACCUGGGCUGGCUGUUGUGCCUGGGAAAUGCCUUCCCCCUGCCCUGGGCUGGGUGUCAGUGCCUCGGAGCCGUGGCCGGCUGCCCCAUCCAUUGGAAGGGAUCGUUUUUGGGAUCCCCGUGCUGGGCUCUUGCCAGUGAAGAGACAUAUCAGCAUGGUGCUUUUUCCCUUCCCAAGCCCUGAUCCUGGCUGGCAGCCUGGGGCAAAGCCUGUGGCACCUCAGGACCGAGCUGGGGGUGUGUGGAAGCUGAGCAGGCUGAGGGGGAGCUCAGGCUGAGCCCUGAGGGUCCCGUGACCCAAAACACAGGUGAAUUUGGGCUGAUCCCCCAGUUCCUUCCCUGUGUGUUUUCAGGGAGCUGUACAAGCAAACCCAUCUGUGUCACAACCCAAAAUGAGCCUGUGGUUUAUGUACAAAGACACCCCAGCUGUUUUCCUGCUGGGGCUUAUCUCUAGGAUUAUUCAUUGCAAUUCACCCUGGUGAUGUUAUUUUCCCUUAUUUAAUUACCAGGUUUUUUUUCCCCUGUUAAGUUAUUUUCAUUCAACCAGGGGGAAAAAAAAAUAAAUUAAAAAAAGAAACAACCUGAGGAUUUCUUCAUGAAAUAAAUCAACAAACUGAAGUGGUUACACCAAAUUGAUUGCAAAGACAUAAGGGACAAAGGGAGCCAUUUUCCUGAUGUUGAGUCAAAAAGAAACAACAACUGUUCUGCAGAAAUCACAGAGGGUUAGAGAGAGAGAGAGAGAUUCCAAAGAUUGAUCUUCAAGCAAUUAGAGAAGGGAAUGUGAUUAGAACAGGGGCUGCUGCUCUGCUUUGCUGUUUUCCUUUCCCAUGCACGAGCACACACACACAUGCACACGGAUUUUUGGGAGUUUUGGGCACCAAUCCUUCGGUGGAGGGGAAACCCCCCCUGCCCAGCUCCCUGAGGGAGUCAGAUGUGUCAUUCCUGCAGGCUCAGAGGUUUCCCACUGUGGAAAGGAGGGUAUCCCAGGCCCAGUUUGUUCUGGGAAGGGAAGCAGUGAGACGGGUUGGAGCCUUUUGCCAGCAGGUUAAAAUCCACUUUCCCAUUUUUCCGGGUUCACAACCUCUGCUGUCGUAGCACUGAAGUUUUGGGUCUGCCCAGGCUGUGGGCAGUGGACCCUGAUGGGGAGAGGGUGCACUGAUGCCUGUUCUUUAUUCCCCCCCUUGCCACCCGCUGGUACCUGCUGAGAUGUGCCAGCAGCUGCAGCUGCACCCUGCGAGAGGCAGGGCACGGGUGGGAAGCUCUCAGGUCCCACCACGGCCCCACCAUCACUCCCAAAACUCACCAACCUCUCCCCAGGGGCCACGGGGGUGGGGGCACCGAGGGCAGAGGGGGGUGAAGGGGGGAUUCAGCCCACCAGCAAGGGAAGGAAACCCAAGCCUUAGAGAGGAGGGUGAGUUUGGGUCUCAAAACUUCGUGUUUUGGACCAGUGUGACUUUCCAUAUGCAGUUUACCUGGGGGUGAAUGUAAGGAGCAUAUGGGGGCAGAUCCUCCACUGGCAGAAGCUGGUACUGGUGGAGGGUCUCAUGCUGAGGAUCUGGAUUUUCUUUUCUUUUGCCUUUCUUUUU